AUGUCGUACCUGGUGAGGCUCCUCCUCUGCCUCCUGGUAAGAUCUGAAGGCAGCCUUGGAGGGCUGGGAGGGCUCCGAAAGAGAGCCGUCCUGGCGAAAAGAAGUGCGGGGUUGACUGACACCUUUCGGAUGGCCAGUGGGAACUGGACCGGGCUGAUGAAUCUCCGCUUCGACCCCGAGACCCUGGAAGUUCUGCAGACCUCGGACUACGGCCUCAGCGCUGCGAAGUCCUCGCCGUGGACGGUCUUCUUCAGCAGCAAGGGGGACAAGGUCGGGGAGCACCGGUCUCGGCGGCUACAGCAGAGAUGCCAAGAGGAGGGCCUGAAAUGCAUACAGCUCAGCCCUGAGAAGGGGAGCAAGACCCAAGCCCUGGCUCUGGAGUUCUUAAUGGGCCUGAGGGUCUGGGAGAAGAGUGAGAACAGCGAUGCCGUCAUCUUCGCGGAAGACGACACCGUCUUCAUCAACAACUUCGGAAAGGAGCUGCACAGGAGCCUGAAGCAGCUGCCGGCAACUUGGCAGGCGUUUUGGCUCUGCCCUGGAUUCCUCCACUCCCGCAAAGUUCCCAAACCGCUAGGCCAAGCUUUCCAGCUGAACCCGGAGGGCAGGCUGCUCUCCGACGCUAAGCGGAGCCCUGGCGGUCGUGUCUACCUCGACUGGCCUCUGGGAGCCACCACAGUCAAUCGCAAAGGAGUCUUGGCCGGUGGCCCGGCUACCGGAGUGAUCAAGAAGAGCGCCCGGCCGCUCUUCCGGAAGGCCCUGAAAGCAGCGCUUGCGAAGGGGGACACGACAGAUGCGGUUGACGUCCUCUUCCGCAACCUGGGCAUGCAACACCCAUCCGAGCAUUUUUUGGCGGCAGAGCCUCAGCUUUGUGUCGAAGAAAGGUCGAUUGGAGGCUGA